UUGGCGUGUCUCUUAUGGCGGGAGCAUCGUGACCGGCAGGGCAAGGGCCAUCGCAACACCGUGAGGAUCGUGGUACGGACAUUAACAAGACGACGACAAUGCGUGGUGGGAUAUCAUGACACAUCCAUCGCUGUGUUGUGUGUGCAGGGAUGGGAGUUCCGGAGCGGCUCUACAUAACCUGCGCGGAGAUAGCAGAAGCUGAGAAGCGAAGAAGCUUGUCAGCUGUCCCCUGUCGCGAGCACAGUGAGCCCAUUGUUGCAUUGCGACCGCCGCAGCUGCCGCACACUCAAGAAUGUCACCAUGAGAACGGAUGUUGCUUCGGGGGAGGUAAGGAGGGCACUGCGCUCAGAAAGAAAGGCACUGCAGAAUGCCCGUCUGAGUCAUCGAAUGGUGUUGUCUCCAGGGGGAGGAGGUUUUGUCAGAGGAGUCCGCCAGACUGCCAGAGGGGCUGCUACUCAGCCGCAUGCAGCCCCCGUGUGCAGCAGCUCUGCGUAAGAGACACGGCAUCAACACGACGGCCCUCUUUUCAACAUGCAGUACUUACGCAGUGUGUGGCCGUGUUAACUGUGUGUGCAGGAUGCCCUGUGCACCAAGCAGUGCCACCGCAUGUUCGAGCUGCAGCAGGAAUGGACCUCCACCAAAGCCAGCUCAUGCACCGUGGGUCUGCGCAGCGCCGUGUCGGGGGAGAGGCUGCUGCUCAAGAUAAUUCUCAACUACGGCCUCUGCGUCUCAGAGGUGAAUGAGCCAGCACCCUGACUGACAACCACCACACUCCCUCCCUCCCUCCCUCCCUCCCUGGCUGGCUGGCUGGCUGGCUGGCUGAUGGGCGUGUGGGUGUGUGGCUGUCUGUGUAUGGUUUGCAGGUGAUUGACAUGUUCGGGCUGCCCAUGUGUGGCUACGACCUGGUCCGAGAGCACCGCCUUCGCCACGCCGCCAUCCCAGCAGUGCUCGACAUCGUCGUCCAUCAGGGACUCAAGGGCGCACUCAUCGAAAAGGCCAACGGUGAGAACUCUACACAAAGAUCCAUCCGUCUAAGCUAUGGGAUCACAUCACAUCAAAUGCUCUCUCUCUCUCUCUGCCUCUCUCUUCGCCUUUGAACAGUGACAUUGAGCGACUGCGUCGAUACUGUCGCCAUGGCAGUGGCACACGCAAGGGAGGAGGGCGCAACAGAGGCCAUGGCCGGAAGGAUAGCGCUGCGGCUGAUCGCGCGGCUCGUCCGCGGCGCCCUGGACCUGCUCGAAUGGGCCCACGACCGACGGCUCGUGUUCGACGGCAUCGCGGUGGGCGGGCCGGGGCAGACAAGUGUUGCGUACAACCGUGUGUAUGUAUGCGUGUGUGUGUGUGAAGGCCGAUGAUAUAGGCGUCGAGCUAGACGACGAAGAGAUACGACCUCGCCCGCCUCCGCCAGGCGGCCGACAAUACAGAACUCGUAAGCACUCAGAGAUGUGGAUACCUCCAUGCCUUCUUCCUAUACUGUGUGUGUGUGUGUGUGUGUGGCGUACGUGACGUGCAGGAGGCCGUCACUCGCCGCGACCGGGCCGACCUGACCAACGUGUGCAUCCAACUACUGCAGCUCAUCCCCGGGGCGGUAAGUAAGACGCCAUGCACUUGUUUGUACACUUGUUCUUGCCAGCAUCGCUACCUCCCUACCUCCUUUGUUUGUUUGUUUGUUCGUUUGGCCGUGCCGAUGGAUGGAUGGAUGGAUGGAUGGACCGAGACAGGCUUCGCGUCUUCCCCGUCUCCGGAAUCUGGCUGCGAGGCGACUGCCACAGAAGAAAUUCCUUGUUCCCUCUGCCAUCAUGAGCCCACCGCGGCUCGUAUGUGUGUGUGUCCAUGCAGGAUCGGUGUCUACAUUUUAUACUUGGCGUGUCUCUUAUGGCGGGAGCAUCGUGACCGGCAGGGCAAGGGCCAUCGCAACACCGUGAGGAUCGUGGUACGGACAUUAACAAGACGACGACAAUGCGUGGUGGGAUAUCAUGACACAUCCAUCGCUGUGUUGUGUGUGCAGGGAUGGGAGUUCCGGAGCGGCUCUACAUAACCUGCGCGGAGAUAGCAGAAGCUGAGAAGCGAAGAAGCUUGUCAGCUGUCCCCUGUCGCGAGCACAGUGAGCCCAUUGUUGCAUUGCGACCGCCGCAGCUGCCGCACACUCAAGAAUGUCACCAUGAGAACGGAUGUUGCUUCGGGGGAGGUAAGGAGGGCACUGCGCUCAGAAAGAAAGGCACUGCAGAAUGCCCGUCUGAGUCAUCGAAUGGUGUUGUCUCCAGGGGGAGGAGGUUUUGUCAGAGGAGUCCGCCAGACUGCCAGAGGGGCUGCUACUCAGCCGCAUGCAGCCCCCGUGUGCAGCAGCUCUGCGUAAGAGACACGGCAUCAACACGACGGCCCUCUUUUCAACAUGCAGUACUUACGCAGUGUGUGGCCGUGUUAACUGUGUGUGCAGGAUGCCCUGUGCACCAAGCAGUGCCACCGCAUGUUCGAGCUGCAGCAGGAGUGGACCUCCACCAAAGCCAGCUCAUGCACCGUGGGUCUGCGCAGCGCCGUGUCGGGGGAGAGGCUGCUGCUCAAGAUAAUUCUCAACUACGGCCUCUGCGUCUCAGAGGUGAAUGAGCCAGCACCCUGACUGACAACCACCACACUCCCUCCCUCCCUCCCUGGCUUCAACCACACAGUGUGGCGACUGUGUGGUUGAUUCGGUGUGUUCAUUGUGUGUCGUCUGUGUGGAUGCAGUUCAGGAACAGGCGCGCCUCGCCCAGCUCCGCAGCUCCAUACCCGUAUGAGGCGACGUCGGCACACACUCACACACAGACAGAGACAGAAAGGGAGAGGGAUGGACAGGGAGUGGACUGAGUGGAAUGCAUCCCUGAUCAUGGUCACUGGGCACAGACUUCCCACUCAUGUGUGAAUGUGUGAAUGGGCGUCGUCUUUCUUGCCUGAUUCAGGCGCUCGAGAGCUUCCUCACCAUGCACGGCCUCGCCCACCUGAUGUGGGCUCUGAAGUGCAACAACAUCACAUCUCUCGCCGUGGGCAAACUAUCAUACUAUCAUAAUAUUCUUACAUUACCUCUCUUUGUGUGUGUGUGUGUGUGUGAGCGAUGUGUGCAGGAGCUGAAAACGGUCACCGGCGACAAGGAGGCCAUGAAGAACCUGAGUCACAUGAACAGUAGGCCUGCUGAAUGAAUGAAUGGAUGGAUGGAUGGAUGAAUGUCCAGAGAGAGAGAGAGAGGCGCUUGUGUGUGUCUGUGUGGCUGAUGCAGGCAUCGGGCCGGACUGUGCGACGUGUGCCGUCCCUGCAGCCACCCACUCGAGGAGGAGGUGCCGUGAAGGGCAAGGUAGGCAGGUGCUCAUUCUGCAUACGCUACCUCUGCACUCAUGCAUUGUCCCCAUGUCUCUUUAUUGUCAGUGAGUUUAUCGCUGUCUGCAUUUCAUAUUUCCUGUGUCUCUUCAUCUGGCGUUCCGUCGGCUUUUUCUGACCAACGAACUGCCGAGUCGCCCAUCGCCUUCCAAGUCGGCUGUGGAGCAGGCCGACGGCGGCGCGUCAGAUACAGACGACGACUCUUAGAUGAUAUCGUUCGUCUCUUCGGCGUCAGCGGCAGCAAUGCGGCAGGUAGACGCAUUCAUGCACCAGAAGCACUCUCACUCAUUUUGUUUGUCGGAUUCCUUGGAACACUCAGGCCCGGACGUCCAACGACCAUCAACGUUACAGCGGCGCAUCUCAUUAGUUUGCCCGCCCGACUUCUUCGCCCGUCCCCUCCCCUCCCCUCCCCUCCCCUCCCCUCCCAUCGAAGACGGCCCUGCGACGAGCCGGCAGACAAUGCAUCUGAUCGAGACCUGUACUUCGUCAUGCAGACCUGCAGAGACGAGGACAUAAGUGGCACUCAAGACCAUCAAGUGCAGGUGAGGGACUGAGAGGAGUGUACACAGUCAGCGAAUUGGUGCUCUCUUUCCAUCUGUGUGUGUGUGACACAGGGCCUCAUCUUGUAG